AUGAAGAGCAAUGACGGAACCCUCCCAACUUCGCCACACAAGGGGUCCAUAGUGCUGGUAGCCUCGACAUCGGGCUAUUUCGGUGGCUCCGGCGUAGCAGGCUACGUCAGCUCCAAGCACGGAGUCGUGGGUCUGCUUCGUUCCUCCCAAGCGGCGGCCAACAGAAACGGUGUUCGCAUCAACGGCAUCGCGCCCUUCUUCACGCCGUCCCACAUCACGGCAUCAUAUGCUGCUGAAUGGGCAGCCGCGGGUUUGAGCUCGAACACAGCCGAAGGCGUUGCCCGCCGUGUUGUUGAAACCCUGGCCGACUCGACACAGCAGGGGAGUUGCUUCUUGGUUGCCGGAGGAAAGUCCACUGAGCUUGAAACGCGACGAACUGAGUUGCUGGAUGAGUGGAUAGGGUCCGACAAUCGGAAGCUGAUGGCCGAUGCGAACGUGCUCUUUGCUAAGCUGGGGGGAUAUCCACUGCCUAAAGCCAGGAGUUUACUGUAA